AUGUCUAGACACUUGGUGGCUUUGACAGUGACCACUCUCCUUGGUGCGGCAGUGGGGGCGUUUGUCCUGUGGAAAGGCAUCCAGCGCCGGAGGAGUAGGAGCAGCCGCAGAGCCUGGCAGCCCCAGCAGCCGCCGCCGCCGCCGCCGCAGCAGCAAGCUCCAAGCAGGAGCGAGCUGCCCCCGCCAGAAGAGGGCCAGCUGCCUUCCAGUGCCCCCAGAGCCUCAUGGGAAGAGAGGAUCCUGGAAGCGAAGGUGGUCACUGUGUCCCAGGAGGCAGAGUGGGAUCAAAUUGAACCCUUGCUUCGGAGUGGGUUAGAAGAUAUUCCAGUACUUGGAAUCGACUGCGAGUGGGUGAACUUGGAAGGGAAAGCCAAUCCUCUGUCGCUUCUUCAAAUGGCCUCCCCAAGUGGCUUCUGUGUCUUGGUUCGCUUGCCCAAGCUGAUCAGUGGAGGAAAAACAAUACCAAAAACAUUAUUGAACAUUUUGGCAGAUGGCACUAUUUUAAAAGUUGGAGUAGGAUGUUCAGAAGAUGCCAGCAAGCUUCUGCAGGAUUAUGGCCUCAUUGUGAAGGGGUGCCUGGACCUCCGAUACCUAGCCAUGAGGCAGAGGAACAAUUUGCUCUGUAAUGGGCUUAGCCUGAAAUCACUCGCUGAGACAGUUUUGAACUUUCCCCUUGACAAGUCCCUUGUACUUCGUUGCAGCAACUGGGAUGCUGAAAACCUUACAGAGGACCAGGUGAUUUAUGCUGCCAGGGAUGCCCAGAUUUCAGUGGCUCUCUUUCUCCAUCUUCUUGGAUACCCUUUCUCUAGGAAUCCAGCGUUAGAAGAAAACGAUGACCGCAUUGGCUGGAGAAAAGUUUUGGAGAAAUACCAGGAUUUUGUAGACAUCCCAUUCCGAAGCAAAGGAAUUAGCAGAUUGGGAGAAGAGGUUAAUGGGGAAGCAACAGAAUCUCAGCAAAAACCAGGAAAUAAGAAGUCUAAGGUCCAUGUAACGGUGCCCGGCAACCAGCAAGGGAGAGACCCCAGGAAACACAAAAGAAAGCCCCUGGGGGUGGGCUACUCUGCCAGCAGAAAAUCACCACUCUAUGAUAACUGCUUCCUCCAUGCUCCUGAUGGACAACCCCUGUGCACUUGUGAUCGAAGAAAAGCUCAGUGGUACCUGGACAAAGGCAUUGGAGAGCUGGUGAGUCAAGAGCCUUUUGUAGUCAGGCUACAGUUUGAACCUGCGGGAAGACCGGAAUCCCCAGGAGACUACUACUUGAUGGUUAAAGAGAACUUGUGUGUAGUGUGUGGCAAGAAAGACUCCUACAUUCGGAAGAACGUGAUCCCACACGAGUACCGGAAGCACUUCCCCAUUGAGAUGAAGGACCACAACUCCCACGACGUCCUGCUGCUCUGCACCUCCUGCCAUGCCAUCUCCAACUACUAUGACAACCACUUGAAGCAGCAGCUGGCCAAGGAGUUCCAGGCCCCCAUUGGCUCUGAGGAGGGCUUGCGCCUGCUGGAGGAUCCAGAGCGCCGGCAGAUGCGCUCCGGGGCCAGGGCCCUGCUCAACGCCGACAGCCUGCCUGCCCAUCGAAAGGAGGAGCUGCUGAAACCUCUCAGAGAAUUUUAUAACACAGACACGGUCACAGAGGAGAUGCUUCAAGAGGCUGCCAGCCUGGAGACCAGGAUUUCCAAUGAAAACUACAUUCCUCAUGGGCUGAAGGUGGUGCGGUGCCAUGGCCGGGGCGGGCUGCGCUCCCUCAUGCAGCUGGAGAGCCGCUGGCGCCAGCACUUCCUGGACUCCAUGCAGCCCAAGCACCUGCCCCAGCAGUGGUCCGUGGACCACAACCACCAGAAGCUGCUCCGGAAAUACGGGGAAGACCUUCCCAUCAAGCUGUCGUGA